UUUUCACUUCUUUUUGCGCGUUUAUAACGAAAUAUUCAAAUGAAAAUUGUAAAAUUUAGAACGCAUAAAUCGAAUCAAAUCUACCGGAAGUAUUCACUCUAUCGGAAGUACCGAAAAUUGAACAACUUACAGGCACGGCUUAAUUUCCCGCCAAAAUGUGAUACCGCCAUAAUGGUCAUGCUGCAUUUUCAAGCAUCAAAGACAUUCGAAGUUCGAAAUAAUUUGAAAAGUGUUAUUGUUUGAAACAUAAUAGAUUUAACCGUAGAAAGCGUUCUUUGCAAUCGUAUUUCUAUAAAUUAUCAUCAUGUCACAGGAAAUGAACAUUUUACGCUGUUACUCGUGUAAAACAUAUCAAGUUCACAUAGUCAAGAAAGCAAAGAAAUGGCAAUGCAAAAUAUGUAAUUUUAAACAGACAUUCAAACAGGCUUAUUUUAAAGGCUCAGGUAGAGAUUGUCGUGUUAUGGUUCAAAAAUUAAAUCUUAUGAAAACACAUGAGAUUCAGGAGAACAUAUCCUUUAGUGGAUGUAACAGUACUAAUGAUAACUAUAUGAAUUAUCAUUAUGAGAAACCAAAGCCAAAUAUAAAAGUUGAAAGCAAGUGGGCAAAAUAUCUAGAUACACCAGAAGAGACUAGAUCUAAUACUUUUGAAGCUGCAGGUAGUCAGAGUAGUAAUUAUAAGAAAUCUGAUGAUAUAGAACAUCUUCAUAAUAAUAUGAUGUACGAGUGCUUACAAAAUGAGCACACAGAUAUAGGUAGUGAUCUUUCUUAUGAAAAUGAUACUAAACAAGAUUUUAUCUAUAAUAAUGAGGAAGAAUAUGAUAAUUUUAUACCAGAAGAAAUAGAUAAUGCACCAUGUAGCAAUAAUAAUAGCGAAAGUACUAAUUUGUAUAGCAAAAAUACCACUGAAAUUGAAAGUGCAAAAAACAUUUUUGAUGACAAUGAAGAUUUCGAUCUUACUAUUGAUUUUUAAGUUCUGCAUAUCUAUUAAUUAAGAAUUAUGUUUGAAGUCAGAAAUGUUUUCUUCAUGCAUAUUAUUUUUCUAUUGAAGUUCCUGUUAAUUUAUGUAAAAGACAUUAGAAGAUACAAAGAAAUAUGUUUAUAUUUUUUCAAUUUCUUUUUAUCUUUUUUUCUUUCUUUAUUAUCGAAAAAUUUGUUCAUUUUUUUACUUAAGUGAACGGAGUAUCAAUCGCAAUUCGGACAGUAUUUAUUUAUUUAUUUCACAUGAUUUAAAUACAUUGCUUUAACUUCAAAAUCUUGAAGAUAUUCUCAGGGCACUAACUGAGAAUCUAGUACAUAACACAGACAUAUACUUGUAAAAAAAUAAAAUGCUAAUGGAAACAAGCAUCUAGCUAUUGUAUAGUGACGUAUAGAUAUGUAAUAUUUCAACUACAACAAUAGAAAUUGUAAAAGGACAAAUAUUGUCUAAGACUCUUAUAAUUGUUCAAGCAAACGUUUUAAGUAAGCACAGUUUACUUUUUGCUUGUAUACCUAUAGCAGCAUAUGCAUCCAUUAGCAUUCAAUUUUUUUUUCUUUUUUUUUUAUAACAGAGAUUGUUAGAUGUAGCAAUCACAAAAGUUUUCAUACUGUUUCUAGAAAGACAGGAAAUUACGCAGAAUAAAUGAUGUUAAAAGUU